UUUGGAAAACAGGAUAAGUUCGGGGCUAGAAAACAGAAUAAACCGGAAUAUGGGACAAAUUAAACUUAACAACUGAAUCGCGGGCCUUGCCCCCGCCAGUCAGUUCAGCCUCGCCGGAAAGAAGGGGCGGUGCCGCCGGGCGCGCCCCGCUAGCCUUCCUUACUCGCCGUCUCCUCAAUCGCGGAUCUUUCACUUAGCAGAAGGUGAUUCUUGCUCUCUUUGCCCAUCCAGGAAAAGGGGACAAAAAAAAGAAAAAAAAAAAGAAGAAGAAUUUGCUUGCCGGGAUCUUCUUCUGGGAGCAGAGAGCUCAGCAAGCUCUUACUUGGAUCCACUUCGAGUUGUGCGUGAGAGGGACGUCCUAUUGAUUGCUGAAUCAGAAGUCUUGCUAUGGAACCGAAGUCGCCUUCCAAGCUUAAGCUCUUGAGCUCAGGAUCUCAUUCAUGCAGAGGAAAAUUGAAGAUUUGCGCAUUAGUGACAGUCACGUUGCUGAUAUUAGCAGUUGGUCUCUAUUUUGCAAUCCAACUAGGGAAAGCUCACAUUUUUGUAAGUGAAUCUUAUUUUACUGUUGUUGUGGACUGUGGAAGCACAAGGACGCGAGUCUAUGUCUACGAGUUGCUCUCUAGAGGUGUGACCAAAUGGGAAUUGCCUGUCUUGGUGCACUCUUAUCCCGAAAGUUCGAUGAAGAACCACCUUAGGAAGGGCUCUUGUGAGUAUCAUUGUUUGCAGACUGAACCUGGGUUGGAUAAGUUUGUCGGAAAUGCUUCGGGGGUUCGGUCGUCACUUGAACCACUGAUUAACUGGGCGGAACAGUGGGUCCCAAUUGAAAAACAUAAGGAAACUCCAAUAUUUGUUCUCGCGACUGCGGGGCUGCGGAGGUUGGGAAAUGAGCAUGCUAUGAAAGUUUUGGACGAUGUAGAGGCUGUUCUAGAGGAGCAUGAAUUCCUGCACAAUAGAAGUUGGAUAAGGGUGUUGAGUGGAAGAGAGGAAGCAUAUUAUGGUUGGGUAGCUCUAAACUACCAAAUGGGUAGACUCGGGAGUCCUUCAAACUUGUCAACUUUGGGACUCCUUGAUUUGGGAGGUUCUUCCCUGCAGAUUGCGGUGGAAGAAAAUCAUGCAAUCAAUGAAAAGUACUUGGUAAGUUCAAAAUUAGGGUCAAUAGAACAUGAGGUGUUGGCCUAUUCAUUGCCAUCGUUUGGUCUGAAUGCAGCAUUUGAGAGAUCAAUUGCUACGCUUCUACAAAGACAAACACUUGAGGAAAGUAGAACUGAUGCCUAUCGGGUGAGGCAUCCCUGUCUGGAUUCAAACUCUGAGCAAAACUUUACAUGCUAUGAUUGUUUCGGGAUUAAUGCCACGGAUAAGAAAACUUCUAGCAGUUCAACGCAGAAAACGGAAGUCACGUCUUUACAUGUGGUUGGAGAGCCAAAUUGGGAAGAAUGCGUAAUACUUGCUAGGACUGCUGCGGCAAACUCAAGCGGGUUAUUUAAUAAUUUUAUAAAGGACAGCUUAGUUGGGAAAGCCGACUUCUCUUCUAGCACUGGAACCAAUGCCCUUAACACUCUUUCUGUUGCUCCACCAAACACAAGCUUCCACGCAUUAUCAGGAUUCUUUGCUGUUCAUAGUAAGUUGAAACUAAAGCAGGAAGCUAACUUCACAGAUGUCUUGGAGAAAGGGCAACAGCUGUGUUCGAGAUUAUGGAAGAAUUCGAGCUCUGCUUCCGAGAACAGAAACUAUGGCGAAAGGUUCUGUUUUCAGGUGCCUUAUAUUGCAUCACUCAUUCACAACGCCCUCAGCCUUCUCAACAACAACAUAACUUUCGGCCCCCGAGAUGUUUCUUGGACAUUGGGAGCUGCUCUAGUGGAAGGGGAAUUCAUUUGGCAAAAUUCCAGUGAAACUCUAGGAACUGCAUUAUCUCUUAAUAUUACAAAUUUCUUUUCCUCAACCUUGUUUCUGCUUGUUUUACUUAUAUGCCUUGGGCUUGUCGUUCAUCGGAGACAAAUUAAGUUUCCGAUGUUAGGGAAGAAGCGGAUUGCUGCCGGGGUGUCAUUGCCCUCAUACAUAAAACGUCAACAGAACUGAUCUCUGCAUCUUACUGUAUCCUCAGGUUAUUUCCUUUUUUCAACUGCCACAAUUCUUUAUUCUUUUAGGUUGUGAUUUGUUCAAUAAAGAUAAGACAGCGUUCUGUUAGA